CCGCCUCUCGGGUGCUCUUGUCUCCUUCAGAUGGAGCUCAGCGUCUCCACGGGCAGCUUUCCACUGCGCUCCCUCUCGGCCUCCGCGCGCUCCGGGGCGUGCUGAGCGUGCAGAACUUCACGGGACGGAGGUUGAUCAGCCCGGAAUUUGAGUCAAGGCUCUUAAUUCGCCAACCCGGGCUCCGGUGGAUCUGAAAAGUCGCCUCAGUUUUCUAGCCCAGUUUUAGGACACUUUUACUCCUUUUCUCUUUCUCUCUCUCUUUUGGUGAUGCCUCCAGACUGGAGCCGCUCCUGGACGCACCCAAACCGGACAGGUGCACCUCUUAGACAGCAACGAGGAUUUCGUAAAAGGUUUUUGCGUGCAAAGAUGAAGGAAAACUGAAAUUGUCUGGAACGUUUAAGCGAAGAUUUUCUCAUAUUUUAGACUGAUUUUAAAGAACCAGUGAUGGAUCCAUCAUUUUGGAAAACAACCCGGUUUGAUCUCACGGGUUAGAGAGAACCACACAAUGCUGCUUCCAUUCUCGAGGUUACUGUGUUUGUGGCUCUGCAGUGAAGCCGUGGCCAGUCAGCUCCACUGGCAGAAAACAAAGACGGCUGUCAGCCCUCAUUAUGAAUCCGACCCCGCUGAAAGGAAUGCGCAGAGCCGGGUAUGGCGCACAGUUAUUGCGGAGGACAAUGGGGGUACGCACAGUGUUACAGCGCAGAAUUCUUGGGUGGAUAGUGUAAAGCCUUCAUCCCCUGAGCUUCUGGGGAAACCGAUACCUCUAGGCACUGUGCGUAAAAGCUACGCGCAAAAUGUACCAGAAGCUUUGCGCACGAAUGUAAACAAACCAGAUGAGCAUCUGGGGGGUGGAUGCCCUCCAGGAGAAAUCCUUAAAGCAACCCCUUAUGGACGCACAUGUAGCCCCGGGAGGACCGCACACAACCGGCGGCAGAGACGGAGCGCAGUACCCAGGAGGACGAAGCCCAGCGAGCCACCGAAGGACUCAUGGGAAGAUCUGCCUGCAGCCAUGGCGCAAGAACAAGAGGCAGAGUUCCCCCUCACACUCAACACCAGUGACUACGAGGAGGAGUACCCACUUCCGGACUUUCCGGGCUCCACACCGUUCACGCCGGUGGACACGCGGCCCAGGCGGAAGCAGGUGAAGAACCCGUUCUAUCCAGUCACCGCGGAGUCUUACGGCGCGUACGCGAUCAUGAUCAUCGCCACCGUCAUCUUCUGCGUGGGGAUCAUUGGGAACGUGUCGGUCAUGUGCAUCGUGUGUCACAACUACUACAUGAGGAGCAUCUCCAACUCGCUGCUGGCCAACCUCGCGCUCUGGGAUUUCGUCAUCAUCUUCUUCUGCCUGCCGCUCGUGGUGUUCCACGAGCUCACCAAGAACUGGCUGCUGGGGGAGUUCUCGUGCAGGAUCAUCCCCUACCUGGAGGUGGCUUCCCUCGGGGUCACGACCUUCACCCUCUGCGCUCUGUGCAUCGACCGCUUUCGAGCUGCCACCAAUGUGCAGAUGUACUACGAGAUGAUCGAGAACUGGGCGUCCACCUCGGCCAAGCUUGCUGUCAUCUGGGUGGGUGCUCUGCUGCUGGCGCUGCCCGAGCUGUUGAUCCGACAGCUGGUCACUGAGGACGGGGACCAGCCCGAUGUGACGCCGUGCGAGCGCUGCGUUGUGAGAAUCUCCACUGACCUCCCUGACACGCUGUACGUCCUGGGACUCACAUACGAUGGCGCUCGCCUCUGGUGGUACUUUGGCUGCUACUUCUGCCUGCCGACACUGUUCACCAUCCUCAGCUCGCUUGUCACCGCGCGCAAAAUACGUCAAGCAGAGCGAGCCUGUGUCCGCGGCAGCAAGAAGCAAAUUCAGUUGGAGAGCCAGAUGAACUGCGCUGUCGUGGCGCUGGCCAUCCUCUACGGCUUCUGCAUCAUCCCAGAGAACAUCUGCAACAUCAUCAGCGCGUACAUGGCGGCUGGCGUUCCCCGGCGAACCCUGGACAUCCUGAAUCUGAUCAGCCAGCUGCUGCUCUUCUGUAAGUCGGCGGUGACGCCGGUGCUGCUGUUCUGCCUGUGUCAGCCGUUCACCAGAGCCUUCCUUGACUGUUGCUGCUGUUGCUGCGAAGAGUGCGGCCCGCCCCGCUCCCCCGCCACUGCCACCAGCGGCGUCGACAAUGAGGGCACCACCACAGAGCUUGAGCUGUCGCCAUUCAGCACCAUCUGCAGGGAAGCGUCCACCUCCACAGGGUAUGCCGCUGUGGGGACACACUGCUGAGAGUCAUUUCUGCCAUGUGAUAAGAAAAAUUAUAAAUGGACGCGUUGACAUAUCAGGCUGUACAUUCCUGAUUAUUCCAAAACCCCAAACAGUUGAAAUAUUCAUGUUUACGGACAGACAGACUGAAGGCAGAACUGUUUGUCCAUUCACUGUUUACAGAAUUUAUAUAUGAAUGAACACAGUGAGUUUAAGUUAGACACAUUUACUUCUGAAGAUCUUUUUCAUUAACUCACCUGUAUUUUACUGUAAAUGCACUCAGUCUUAUUUUUGGUCAUUGUCACUGUGUUUGAAGCUGAGAGCAGAUAUGGACCCUGGUAAGAUUUUCUGCCCGGGUUUAAAACACUUUAUUUUAUGAUUUUGUAAUUACAUUUUCUUUCAAGAAAAGAAAACUUCAUUCUCCACAAAGGUUGAAUCCUCUGAUCAACCUGAUGACUAAAACGACUCUGCCAGGCCAUUUGUACAAAAAGUUCAAAUUUCCAGUAUUACUUUAGUGAUAAAUAUUUUUGUUGGAUCCAAUUUAUAAAUUAAAAAAAACAUACCUGGUCACCACACCAAUUUUGGUGAGUUUUCAGGCAUGUUCAGGCCACAACAAUUCCUUUGGUUUCAUUAGAGUCCUCGCUCUGAGGUCGGUGCUCAGGCCCUAAAAAUGAAUCCAGAAAACAUGGAGUUCCUCUUGAACUUCAAUAACUGGGUAUGUACUAUUCUUAAACUGUCUUUUUGUUCCAUGUACUAUAAAUGAUUUCAAGCUUAACACGAAACAUAGUAAACAAUUGAAGGGAAUUACAACUGAAAAUAAAGCGUUACCUUAAUCUACUUGUGUUUGGGUGAAGGUGGGAAAUAAUCCUGCACGACGGCUGCUGUCAGCACUUGUCCUCUGUUUCUUCUUUUAGGAUGUUUUCUUCCUUUAUUUUGUACUUUUUGUGUGAAUGAGUGUGAGAGAAAUAUUGUAAUAUAUUGGAAAAGGCUGAUAAUGCUGUGUGGUGUAAAUCUCUUCUGGAUGCUCUUCUUUGCUCUGUAUGUCACAUGAUUAUGUUGUUUUUUCAGCCAUGAGAGACGUGUCACUUGAAUUAAAACAUAUUUUAAAGUAGA